GGCGGGCAGGAAACAAGCAGGCAAGCAGGUGUCGAGAGCGAGCGAGCGAGCGAGAGUUAACGGUACCGUUUCGAAUGGCUCGAGCGUCCUUUUGCCGAGUCGCGACGACAGCCGGGGGACACUCGGCGAAGAGACGCGCGCGAGAAUUGGACGCUCGCUGGAAAGUGUAUCGUGAGGUUAACCGGCCUACUUUUUUUUUGUUCAUUUCUUUCGCGCCUUCCGCUUCGAGGAACGAAUACUCCGACGUGGGAUCCGACAGUCCCAAAUUCGGAGCUAACCGAGCUUACCAUACAGGAUGUAUCCUAGACAAUUCAAGGUUUUUGCGAGGCAACGCACGUCGAAGCUGUUACGCCGGUCGUUUAAUAGCACGUACGGAGAAGACGCCCGUGUUCCGAGGAAUACACCUAAUCGCGACAAAGUCCCCGGCAUCGAACGUUUACCGAGAUAUACAUUCAUCGACGUGGCGCAUGGCUCUGACUCAUUGGAAACUUGCUAAUGAAGCUAUUAAAAAAAAUAGAGAGACUGAUCUUUACAUGCAUGCGAUGUAAAAAAUAUGCCCUGUCACGAUUACACGUAUUGUUCAUGUGCAAUGCAAAUCUAAAGAAGAUGCAUUUUUCAUGUCAACGGCGAUAUUUUUUCAAUUUUAACAAACGAAGAUAUUUUCUUCUUUCCUACGGCACACGGAUUUCGCGAUGACGAUGCUCUACGUAUGCAUGUAUGUACUAUAGGUGUGCCGUGCCGCCAGCGGCGAGGUUGCCUAGCGACGUGACGAAUCAACAAACGAAUCAGCCGAGAUCAUUGACAGCCGCCGUAGCUUAUUUUGCGUGUUCCGCACCACAGUUCCAAUUCUAUUUUGUAACAACAAUCAGAGCGACAUCCGUGUAACAUCGCGCGACGACUUCAGGAUGACGCGCGAGAAAGAAAGGAUGAAGAUAGCGGCGAGCUACAGAGUGAACGAACCGAUAAACAAUUUGAAGAUAAGAGUGCGAGUCGUGCAGGAGAGGUCCCCGCUGGCCAAGUUGCUGGCCGAGGAAUCCGUCGAGGAGGGCGGCGAGACCAGAGACUCCAACUUCUUGGAGGAGGAGGACCAUAUUUUUAGCUGGCAAGACAAGGUAUUCGGCCCGUUCGAGAUCGAUUUCUAUGCGGACGAGAAGAAUUGCCUGACCGAACGUCAGCGAGAGUACCACCGACGUAUACGCGAUGAGCAACUGCAGGGUGCACGCUUGUACUCGUACACGGAAAACGACACCUACUACGCCGAUGACGACCUCCUGACGACGCCUUACAGAUCGUAUCUGUCGGUGAAAAAUCAAACCGCGUUGCCGACCAUGCGGAAUCGCAAGUCCUUCCAGGAGCGAUAUAAUAAGAACGUGGUGGAUGACAGAAGCACGGAUACCCAGAUUCGAUCGAAUCAUUAUCUCUAUACCGAACGUAGCACCAUGCACGUGAUGGCCGAUUUGUCGCGCAAGGACGAGCCCGGCGCGACCGGCAUUGCUGCCGCCGGGUCGACGGACUCGGAGACGCUGCUCUGCACGGUGAUUUACGACAAGGCGCGCAAGCUGUUGACGAUUAGCCCCGAUUUCACGGUCGACGACGAGCACGAACGGCAUUACAACGUCACCAACGGUUACGGUGUCAGAUUUAAUUAUCGCAUCGAGCACGUUUCCGAGGAGCGAACGGCGCUGGAAUUGCAGGAGCACCGCGAGGACGCGCGCCGUGAAGUACAACAGCAACUUGCUUACAAAGAAACAGAGUUGUACAAGGAAUUACAAUUACCACCAGCGGGUUUAUCUACACUAUUCAUAUGCUUGGAUAUUGCGUCAGCUCACGGUUUUUCUUACGACGGAUUGUUCGUUACCUAUUUCAUCGAUUUGCCACAACAUUGGAGUACAAAACAAAAAGAAAGAUUAUUUGGCAGAACUCAGAAAAGCCGUUUAGAAAAUAGAACGGCGUAUUUUAGUUAUUGUACAGACAUAUCCUUGCAUCAUCCGUCAAAUGAAUUUCAACAAUUAAGCGACGAUGCAUUGUCACGUUGGCCUCGUUUAUUGCUCUCCGCAGCAUCUCUGGAUAGUUGGACCAGGUAUCGAAUAGAAGGUUACGCAGCAUUGCCAAUACCAAUGACGCCUGGCAGAUACGAAUUUACAGUUUCUACAUGGCGUGCGAAAGGAAGUAUUAUUGAUACAUUGAGACGAUUUUUUGUUGGUGGUUCUUACGAGCUCGAGGAUAUAACAUAUUGUGGUAUUCCAAUGAAUCACGAGGGCAAAAUUUUAGAUAAAUCAAACUUGAAAGUCGUACCGAGUGGGAAUAUUAAAAUUUAUAUGAAUGUAAUACUUCAAAGUGGUAAACAUUUCAAUCAUCAAAGAGAUGACUCGGAUAAAGUUAGCACCGAUACACUUGUAAAUAAUGUUGAAAAUGUUCUUGAACAAUUUAAAGCGGCUAAGGAACGCAUGAUACGAAUACGAGCAAUGAAUUCUAAGCGAUAAAUUAUUUUAGUAAUAAUUAAGAAGACUGAAUAGAAUUAGUAUUGAGACUUGAUUUCAUAUCAAAUAAUAUAUUUAAAAUUAUAUUGUAAGUGAAAAUAUGAUAUAAAGUUAAUUUUGUAUGAAAUACAAAAAAGAUAUGAGAUAAUUUUAUAUUAUCUGUGUAUAAUUACUAAUAAAUUAUAAUUAUGUUAUUAUAAUUAAAUGGCAGAAUCAA